UCUAUGACUUCCACCUGGCCCACGGCGGGAACUAGAACUGGUCUAGAACUCCCAACCUCCACCUGCCUCAGCCUCCCAAAGUGCUGGUAUUACAGUCGUGAGACACUGUGCCUGGCCUGCCCCUUUCCAAGACACAUGCUCAGCAUGAUGAGAGCUCAACCAUGGUGGGGAGUGGGUCUAAAUAAGGGUUCUCAUUGGUGCCUUUUUUGUUUUGUUUUUCUUUUUGUGGAGAACAGGGUCUCACUAUAUUGCCCAGGCAGGUCUCAAACUCCUGGGCUUAAGCUCUCCUCCCGCCUCUGCCUCCCUAAGAGCUGGGAUUACAGGUGUGAGCCACAGCACCCGGCCUCAUUGGUGCCUUUUAAGAGGCCUAGGUCCUCCAUUAACUCAGGCCAACCAUUAAGUGAUGCAGGCUUCUUUUCCUUCAUAUGAGAAAAUCCUGUGUCCCUCUGAUUCUUCCUGGCUUUGUCCCUGGUGGCUAUUAUGAAGCAGUACUGGAGUAUGUCUUGGACCUGGAAAACUGGACAUGUGUGCGGCUCAACAGUUUUCUCGGGGGAGUUCAGUGACCUUUUGGUGGCUACCCUCUGCUCUCACCCAUGAAUUCCUGCAGGUGGUGACUUUACCUGCAAGGUUACUUACAUAGCCCCACUCAGCUGCUUCUGAAAGUGUGAUGGAGCAGUAGUCUUCAGUGUGCGUGUGAGUGAAGAGGACCUUGUGGUAGCAGGGACCAUGCUUCAUUUGUGGCUGUGUCCGCAGCCCAGGGCCUGGUAUGCAGCAAGAUCAAUAAAUACUUGUGGAAUGCAUGACUGCUGGCUGACCGUGUCUGCCUGGUCGGAGGGCUGGGGACCCCUACGUGAGGGCAGACUACUGUGGUGCUGCUAGACUGCCACGCUGGCUCCACCCAGCUGUGACCUCUCCACUCUCCCCACCCCCAUUUGACCUUACUCUCUUGAGGUCCUAUAAUGUAUGAUUGAGACUUUUCAGCCUUUUCUAGAACUUUGACCCUUUGGAGACAGGGCAGUUCUACAGGGGGCGGUCUAGCCCCAGGCUCUGUUCUGGGCAGCCCAAUCAGCUCUGGAUUGCUUGAGCUUCCUUGAAGAGCCAGCCGGAGGCAGUUUCCGUGCUUUGGGAGUUCCUGCAUUCUCUGCUCUAAAUCCCAGCCUGCCCUUGGGGCUGCCCGCCCCCUCCUUUGAUCCUUAGCUCCAGAGCAAGACCUGUCCAAGCAGAGGCCUGGACUACAUCUCCCGGCGUGCCUGGCAGUGUGGUGGCCUCUGUGCGCCGUCUGUACUCGUUGCUGGCGACGAUGCAGAGGGCUGUAAGUGUGGUGGCCCAUCUGGGCUUUCGCCUGCAGGCAUUCUCCCCGGACUUGUAUCGUCCACUCAGUUUCGCACAGGACGUGCUCCGCAGGACACCGCUCUAUGACUUCCACCUGGUCCACGGCGGGAAAAUGGUGGAGUUCGCGGGUUGGAGUCUGCCAGUGCAGUACCGGGACAGUCACACUGACUCGCACCUACACACACGCCAGCACUGCUCGCUGUUUGAUGUGUCUCAUAUGCUGCAGACCAAAAUAUGUGGUAGUGACCGGGUGAAGCUGAUGGAGAGUCUAGUGGUUGGAGACAUUGCAGAGCUAAGACCAAACCAGGGGACACUGUCGCUGUUUACCAAUGAGGCUGGAGGCAUCUUAGAUGACUUGAUUGUAACCAAUACUUCUCAGGGGCAUCUGUAUGUGGUAUCCAAUGCUGGCUGCUGGGAGAAAGAUUUGGCCCUCAUGCAGGACAAGGUCAGGGAGCUUCAGAACCAGGGCAGAGAUGUGGGCCUGGAGGUGCUGGAUAAUGCCCUGCUAGCCCUGCAAGGCCCCACUGCAGCCCAGGUGCUACAGGCUGGCGUGGCAGAUGACCUGAGGAAACUGCCCUUCAUGACGAGUGCUGUGAUGGAGGUGUUUGGUGUGUCUGGCUGCCGUGUGACCCGCUGUGGCUACACAGGAGAGGACGGUGUGGAGAUCUCAGUGCCAGCAGCGGGAGCAGUUCACCUGGCAACAGCUCUUCUGGAAAACCCAGAGGUGAAGCUGGCAGGGUUGGCCGCCAGGGAUAGCCUGCGCCUGGAGGCAGGCCUCUGCCUGUAUGGGACUGACAUUGAUGAACACACUACACCUGUGGAGGGCAGCCUCAGUUGGACACUGGGGAAGCGCCGCCGAGCUGCUAUGGAUUUCCCUGGAGCCAAGGUCAUUGUUCCCCAGCUGAAGGGCAAGGUGCAGCGGAGGCGUGUGGGCUUGAUGUGUGAGGGGGCCCCGAUGCGGGCACACAGUCCCAUCCUGAACAUGGAGGGUACCAUGAUUGGUACUGUGACUAGUGGCUGCCCCUCACCCUCUCUGAAGAAGAAUGUAGCUAUGGGUUACGUGCCCUGCGAGUACAGUCGUCCAGGGACAAAGCUGAUGGUAGAGGUGCGGCGAAAGCAGCAGAUGGCUGUGGUCAGCAAGAUGCCCUUUGUGCCCACAAACUACUAUACCCUUAAAUGAGGAUGGCUCAGGGUGGGGCUGUCCCCUCCAGGAAUCUACAAGGGGUUAGUCAAGAAGCUGAGGCAGAACUCACAAGCGUUGGGCAGCUAAGGUGGAGGCUGAUUUUAAUUGUCUGGUUGAGGGGCUAUACCACCUAUUCUCCCCACCUAACUCAUGCCACUCCAGCUUCCUUCAGGACCCUGCUUCUGAGUGAUGGACCAGCUUACACAAUGUCUUGUUUUAGUCCAUGAUCCCACUGACCUACUCUUACCUGCUGGAGGGUAAUAAGAAGCUUUGGUUCUGCCAUCUCUCCCACCCUGCCAGGUGCUGGCUGUGGAGCAAAGGCUCACCUUUGUGGGGGGGAUAAAACCUGCCCAACCUACCUCACCAUGGUUUUUCACAUUGCAAAGGGUGGUAACACGGGCAGUAUGGACUUAGGCUAUCCUCUCCAGUUUGCUUUUCAUAAAUGCAAAUUGUCCCUACUGCCAGUCAGAAAUAAUUGCUGACUCAUAGUAGGGCUGCUAUGCCUGUGUGUAAACUUGGGGAUGGCUGAGGGAACACUGAUUUACUCUUCCACAUUUCCAAGUUGGUCUAGUGUGCUGCCCAGUAGCAAACCAUGGCAGGCUCACCACCUGUUCUGAGCUCCAGGGCUGUUGUAGGGCAGGGUGAGCUUCCUCCUGGACUUGCUUUACCCUGGACUGACCUUUGCCUCAGUAUCCAUUAAUGGACUCCACUGAAUCCUGAAAGAUAAAUUAAACUUCCUUCUGCACUGGCAUGGAUGAGAAAAAAAACAAAAAAUUAAAAAUUAAACUUCCUUUUUACUUGCCA